ACAUGUUGUUGUAGUCGUUUCGAGGCGGGAUGGUUGGAUGUUUGAAUUGGGAUUGUGAACUUUCAUGUGUUACCUACUACUGAUUUCGUGACUACCGAUGAUUUUCUGGUUUCAAUUUGAAAUAUUCAAAAGACAAACUGAGAACGUCUUCAAAUGUGUAAAGAUUUCUAGGUUAUUUUAGAUUCUGGAAUUACCCACGGAUUAUGAGUAGUGUGAAUUUGGUAGAGGCUGUCCCCCCAUCUGCUGUAUUUAUUGAACAUUUCAUUGAUUGCAUAGAUUCUUUACCCAAUGAUGUCCAACGAAAUGUUUCACAGUUAAGAGAACUAGAUUUGCUAUACAGAGGUAAACUUAGCCAGAUCUCAAACCUGCUAGACCUGUAUAAUUCAACAGAUGAUCAAACUGUAAAACAACGUUACUUGACAAAAAUUCAAAGAUGCCUGAUAAAGAGUCAAGAAUAUGGAGAUGAAAAGCUACAGCUUAUUUCACAUAUUGUUGAAGUUGUGGACAACAAGAACAUACAAAUUAUUAAGGAUGCAGAAAACAUGGAUACCCCCAUACGAAGAGAAGCUUCCCCUUUGAUUAAUAAACCAGAUCAUCCAGUUAAUUUUGAUGAUCAUAGAGGAGUAGAGCGGCACCCACCAACUAAAAGGCCACGGCGCCAGAAAACAGUUAGUGAGAAAUUUGUUGAUAUUCAGGAGCAUCUUUUAAAACCUGAGAAAAUCCCCAAAAUUGAAAAAUCAAGUAAGGCAGAGAAGUCUACAAGAAGUGAAAAGAAAUCAAAGACAACAGAAAAAUUGUCUGAAUCCUUAGAAAGCUCUAAUCUUGGUGCAAGCUCAAAUACCGAAGUAGUUAGCAAAAAGUCAAAUGAGACAACUAAGAAGGAGAGGGAAGGGACAACAGGGAAAAAGAAAACAGGGAAACAAAAGGAGACAAAGAAAAAAAAUGGGAAUGUUAAGAAGAAAAAGAAAAAGGAAUUGGCAGAUAUACCUAUUGAUCCAGAUGAACCAACAUAUUGCUCUUGCAAUCAGGUAUCUUUUGGCGAAAUGAUCGGAUGUGACAACGAAGAGUGCCCAAUCGAAUGGUUUCACUUCAGCUGCGUGAAUUUGACUGUCAAACCAAAAGGAAAAUGGUAUUGUCCGCAAUGCACGAUAGAACGUCGAGAAAAGGGAAAGAAAUGAUGUCUGGUCCGUGUAAUAUUCGGUACUGAAUAGCAAGUACAUUGAAAGUUACUUUUUGUAAAAAUGAAAUUGCCACUUGUAGUAAAAUACUUGAUUUUAUCAUAAUAUGUAUGUUAAAUUUCGUUUUUCUUUUCGUUA